GACGCCUCUGCCGCCUCGGUUCCCCCGGGGGCGCCGCCUCGGCCAUGCGGCCCUCCGUGCUGCCGGCGCUGCUGCCGGCGCUGCUGUGCCUGGCCCCGGGUCCCGGCCCCGGCCCCGGCCCCGGCCCCGGCCCCGGCUUGGGCUGCCAGCUGCCGUCCGACUGGCGGCCGCUGAGCGAGGGCUGCCGGGCGGAGCUGGCGGAGAUCAUCGUGUACGCGCGGGUGCUGGCGCUGCACCGGGAGAUGGACGGCCUCUACAACCACCUGCCCUGGCACUACGAGGCCCCCGACCCCGCCGACCCCCGCGCCCUCUUCUACUCGGCCGAGGUGGAGAUGCUGUGCGACCAGGCGUGGGGCAGCAUGCUGGAGGUGCCCGCCGGCUCCCGCCUCAACCUCACCGGCCUGGGCUACUUCUCCUGCCACUCGCACACCGUGGUGCAGGACUACGCUUACUUCUUCUUCCUCAGGAUGGAUGAAAAUUAUAACCUCCUGCCCCAUGGUGUCAAUUUCCAGGAUGCCAUCUUUCCAGACACACAAGAGAACAGAAGGAUGUUUUCCAGUCUCUUUCAGUUUUCCAACUGCUCUCAGGAGGAGCAACUCAUAACUUUCACCAGUGACUGGGAGAUCCAAGAAGACAAUAGGCUCAUGUGCUCGUCCAUCCAGAAGGCCCUGUUUGAGGAGGAGGACCAUGUAAAGAAGCUGCAGCAGAAAGUGGCCACCUUGGAGAAGCGCAACAAGCAACUCCGCGAUCGGGUCAAGAAGGUCAAGAGGUCACUGAGGCAGGCGAGGAAAAACAGCCGCCACAUGGAGCAGAUGAACCGGAAACUGAGCGAGAAACUGACCGCCUCAGGAGUCCAGAUCCCCCACGUCAGCUCCCUGAAGCAAGGGAAUACCCAUGCCGCUUAUCUUAAAGUCUAAGGCGAGAGAGACAAGGGGCUCAGAAGCGAGACCCGCUGGGACUUUAGUCUUAGAAUCACUGUUUGAGCUAGGGCAGAGGCUGCUGGGCAGCCUCAGAAAGCUGAGGAGCUUAGACGUCACAUCCGUAUCAAUGGGGCAUUAAUUAUUAAUGUAGUUUCUCUAUGUACAGAUUUGAAAAGCCUAUAGAGAUAUUUUUAUUACACACUUGGUAUAGUCCGAUUUUUAAAGCUGGGGCAGGGCCGGCUUCUUGGUCUUUGUACCCCCUGUCCUUUCUUCAACUCCCCUGACCAGCUCCGGUCCUAGGCUCUGGGCUACUGAGACCCAGGCAGGGAAGAGAAGGGGUUGGUUUCUACAGUCCGCACAGCACAACAGGAUCCAGGAGCUCCAGCAAUCAGUCAUUCAAUCGAUGGUAUUUAUUGAGGGUUUACUGAAUGCAGAACACCAUACUAACUGGGCUUCAGAAUCUUCCCAUCUACUCCAUUGCCAACUGAAAUCUGGAUUUAUGUUUUCCCAUCCACCCAAAGCUGGAGAAAAGAGAUGAGAUGGCACCGGGAGGGGCUGAAGGGUUGUUCCUGAGCCCCAGGGAUAGGCCUGGAUUGGGGAACUGGGAUCAGGGCAUUCAACCUCCAGAAGGCAAAGGGGGUGGCGCUUAAUGAUGAGAAACGAAAGGGUUCUGAGUUCCAAUACUUCCUCAACCACUGGCACACUGCCGGGCCUUGGGCAAAUAAGUCUUUUAGCUUGAUGGUCCCUUUGUUUAAGUGCCUGUAAAACAGAUCAGUGGAAUAGAAAAGUGGCCAGAGGCUCCAACAACUGUUACUCUCCAAAGUGGAAGUUCCUAGAUAAGUAGAAUCUUCCCCACAACCCCACAGACUAUUUUUCCCUUGUAUUAGAGUCAUUUCAACCUCCCGCUGCCGUGGCAGGUUAGAGAGUGAAGGUAGGAAGUACAAAGAAUCACACUUGAUUUCCAGAAACAAAAGAGCUGAAAAUGGCUCCCAUUUCUCCUUCAGUCCCCAAACUUCUCUUUCUGUUUCCAUUUUGUGUAAUCAAUGACCACUGUAGCUAGAGAGGAUCUGCCACCUAUAAUUCUACCCAUCCACUGCUGCCUCCUGAAUCCCCAGUUUAGAGGCAUCUUCAUAGGAAGUACAUCAUAUGGGGCUGGAUUCUCCCUGCUCUGCCUGGUCAGUCAAGCUUUCUCCUUUCCAUGUUGAGAUCAAUCAAUUGUAUAUAUUAAGCACUUACUGUGUGCAGAGCACUGUACUAAACACUUGAGAGAGUAUAAGCAACAGAGCUGAUACAUUUCCUGCCCACAGCAACCUCACAGUCUAGAGAGGGAGAUCCCAGAAUGUACUUUUUACCAUUAUGGGGUCUUGCUUACCCAUGGUCCUCCAGAGUGAACAAAUAUAUCCCACAAUGUUCCAGUCUUUUUCUUUGGUGUGAACUCCAGCUGAUUGGGCUCACCCUGCCCCAUCAACCCACCUAUAGUCCAACACCCACAUACCAUAGAUUCUCUUGCACUUACACAUCUCCUUUCUGCUGUACUACCUAAGUAGUAUAGUGCUUUGCAACUAUAGUGCUAUUUAAAGUCCAAUGCUUGAAUGGUUAACCAAUGCCAGGAGGCAGAUUUUCCGGUGAGCCCUGUGCAGGUUGUGAAAGGUUGUUUCCUCUCUUCUAGGGUCCAUUCUAUAGUUGAAAAGGGGGUUGCAUUUCUCAAGAAAUCUGUAGCACAUAAAAACAGUUAACAGAUGGCAUGUUAGCUGUUACAACCUGUUGAAGGUGAACUGAAUGCCUAAGGGGCAGUUGCUGACCAAUCACAUGUCUAGAGUUGUAGGAGCACAGGUCAAUCAUCAAUUGAGGGCCCAAUUCCCACCCGUGUAUUCUUCCCAAGCAAUUAGUAUAAACCUCUGCACGAAGCACCAAAUAAAUGCCAUUAUUACCA